AUGUUCGGGAUCCAGGACAACCUGCCCCGCGGGGCCACGGCCAGCAUGAAGGAGGAGCCGCUGGCUGUUCGCUCCUGGAUGCACUCGGCCGGCGUGGUGGACGCCAACACGGCCGCUCAGAGCGGGGUGGGGUUAGCCCGAGCUCACUUUGAGAAGCAGCCUCCGUCCAACCUGAGGAAGUCCAACUUCUUCCACUUCGUGCUGGCGCUGUACGACCGGCAGGGCCAGCCGGUGGAGAUCGAACGCACCACCUACGUCGACUUUGUGGAGAAAGAAAAGGAGCCGGGCGGAGAGAAGACCAACAACGGGAUCCACUACAAGCUGCAGCUGCUCUACAGCAACGGAGUGAGGACGGAGCAGGACCUGUACGUGCGGCUGAUCGACUCCAUGACCAAACAGGCCAUCAUCUAUGAAGGUCAGGACAAGAAUCCAGAGAUGUGCCGAGUUCUGCUGACACAUGAGAUCAUGUGCAGCCGCUGCUGCGAUAAGAAGAGCUGUGGAAACAGAAACGAGACGCCGUCGGACCCUGUCAUCAUCGACAGGUUCUUCCUGAAGUUCUUCCUGAAGUGUAACCAGAAUUGUCUGAAAAACGCUGGAAACCCACGAGACAUGAGGAGGUUCCAGGUGGUGGUUUCUACAACAGUAAACGUAGACGGCCAUGUUCUUGCCGUCUCCGACAACAUGUUCGUACACAACAACUCCAAACAUGGCCGCCGAGCCCGGAGACUGGACCCGUCUGAAGCAGCCACUCCCUGUAUUAAAGCCAUCAGUCCCAGUGAGGGCUGGACGACGGGGGGAGCGACCGUCAUCCUGAUCGGAGACAACUUCUUUGACGGUCUGCAGGUGGUCUUCGGCACCAUGCUGGUGUGGAGCGAGCUGAUCACCCCUCAUGCCAUCCGGGUCCAGACCCCUCCGCGUCACAUCCCCGGGGUCGUCGAGGUCACGCUGUCCUACAAGUCCAAACAGUUCUGUAAAGGAGCGCCGGGUCGGUUUGUCUACACAGCUUUAAAUGAACCCACCAUAGAUUACGGCUUCCAGAGGUUACAGAAGGUCAUUCCUCGCCACCCCGGAGACCCAGAGAGACUGCCCAAGGAGGUGCUGUUGAAGAGGGCAGCUGACCUGGUGGAGGCGCUCUAUGGGAUGCCUCAUAACAACCAGGAGAUCAUCCUGAAGCGAGCGGCUGACAUUGCCGAAGCUCUCUACAGCGUUCCCAGAAACCACAACCAGAUCCCAUCGCUAGGCAACACCGCCUCACACGGCAUGAUGGGAGUUAACUCUUUCAGCGGACAGUUGGCCGUCAACGUCUCAGACACAACGCAAGUUGGUUACAGUCGUAACACGAGCAGCGUGUCGCCCCGGGGUUACGUACCAAGCUCCACCCCCCAACAAAAUAACUAUGGAAACACAGUCAGUAACAGCAUGAACGGCUACGGCAACAGCGGCAUGCCAAACCUCGGCGUGGCGACAUCACCCGGCUUCCUCAACGGGUCGUCUGCCAACUCCCCCUAUGGCAGUAAGUAUCAAGUUGUUCCCUCCAGUCCGACCAUGGCGGUUUCUAACUGUAACUCCUCUCACGGAGUUUUCUCCUUCUCGGCGGCCGUCAAACAGAAGAGCGCCUUCGCCCCCGUCGUCCGGCCAACAGCUUCACCUCCUCCACCAAACUGCUCCAACAACUCCAACGGGCUGCAAGCCAUGUCCGGCCUCGUCGUUCCUCCGAUGUAAAGAAUCUUCCUCCUCCUUCCUCAUCUCCCUCCGACCCUUCAGCCACAAGCACCAAUCACCUCUGAGGAGGAGGGGCCUGGGGCCUCAGGAGGCGGGGCCUAUGGCAGCAGCUGACCAGUCAGGACGGAGCCUCCAGCCUCUAAAGAAGAAAAUAAAAAGGACUUUUGUACAGCAGUUUUCUCUGGGUGCUUUCAGCUCUCUGUAAUUAUUCUGAUGUUAUCGUCUGUGUUUGGGGGGGAGGGGUCUAUUGGUGUAAAACUGUGAUGUCACACCUGUGACAUCAUUUCCUCUACUUGUAAUGUAAUGCUGGUUGAAGAAACAGAGAACAUCUGAAGAUUGUGGAUACUAAAGGCCCCUAAUGACAGAAAAUGUAAAUCCAACAAGAACCUUCCUCUCUCCUGAUUGGUCGCUGAAUACCUCAGUGACCAAUAGGAAAAUGAAUCUCAGUGAGGGAAGAAAAACAGGAAGUUCAUGUUCUUUGUUUUGAUCAGAAUACAACCAAACCCAGCAACAAGAAACAGAACAAGAACUUUGUUCACUUUAUUUCUGUAGUGAAGAAGGAGAUGAUGGAGGGAAAGGGAACAAGGAAGGAGAAGCCAUCCUACGCAGGGACUUGAUCCUGAUCAGCUCCUCUCACUGAGAAAUCAUUCAAAUGAGACAUUUUGCAGGAUGUGAACUGAUUUUCAUCUUCUGCUGUUGGCCAAUCAGAGACCAGUGUUGUGACUAACUUUGUGAAUCCAGUUUGACUCAUUUUAAAAAUUCUGAAGAACUAAUUUCUGACCCGAAAAUAUCCUUCAGUCUUCUGAAAGCACAGUGAAAAGAUCGACUAAAAGAAAGAGUAAUCAAUCAAAAUGAUCUUCCUCCCGUUACUAGCCCCACCCCUUCUCCCUUUAGCCCUGCCCCCGCCUGUCUGUUUUUUAUUUUCAUGCUUGCCACUGUAAAAACAAACCCUGCAUCCUGAUAGGCUACUGUGACUCUCCAUCUUCUUGUUCAGAGUUGUCUUUUUUAUUCUAGCUCCUCCUCAUCAAGCCCCGCCCGAGCACUUAAACCACGCCCCACCCCAAAGCCCCGCCCCCGUGUUUUCUCUGUGGGUUUUGUGAUUUUGUAGCUGGCUGAAUAUUUAUACGUCACUGUGGUUGAUCACGCCGCCCCUCCACCCGUCACUGAGCUCACGAGGAAACUCUUUUUGUAACAUACAGAUUAUAAAUAGUGUAUUUAUAUCCAAGAUGUUUUUGUAUAAAUGGAUGUCGAGUCGUCUUCAUGGGGUUUUAGACGUAUGUGUGUAUGUGGUGGUGCCACACUGAAAAACAAACCAUUGUUUUGUAUGGAAAAAAGAAAAGUGAAUGUUAAUGUCUUCACACAUUUAUAGCGCUGUCAAUCAAAGCUGAUGUGUCCAAUCAGCUCCACUUGUUUGGGUUUUUGUUGUUUUUAAUGUGAGUCUUGUUUUAAUGACUGUUUGGCUGUACUGAAAUGAUUUCCUCACAGUGAAUAAAGUCAGCAGGUCGCUCUGACAGAC